AACAGCUCCCAUAUUACCGAUUUCUCUUCUUUCAUUACCGGUGAUAAAUACAUAAUUCUCGAUCCACAUGAACGGUAUUUUCGAGGUGGCGUCAUACUUGACGUCGACGAGAGAAUGUUUAAAGAUUACCCUAAUCAAACAGUUCUAGAACAAUUAGAAUUAUGUCAUGUUCGUGUAUCUAAUGGACAAUCACCUGAGAAUUUGAAAGAAAUUUGUAACGCAAUAUACAAAUAUAUGCAUAAAGCUUUUCAAAAAGAUGAUAAGGAAGAAUUUGAAAUUAUGAAGGAUGAUUUGAAAAAUAAACCUUGGAUUUGGCAUAAAGAUGCAUUUUAUUCAGCUGAUAAAUUCGUCUUUCGUCUUCCAACUGAAUUUGAGGACAUUUAUUCUUUAAUUGUAGAACUUCCUAUGAGAUUUUAA